GGGGCGAAGCGGGGCGCUCCGGCGCGCGCGCGCGCGCGCGCGGCGGCCCCCAGGUACGCGGACAAGAUGGCGGCGGUAGCGGUGGACAGCGCGAUGGAGGUGGUGCCGGCGCUGGCGGAGGAGGCCGCGCCCGAGGCGGGCGGCCUCGGCUGCCUGGUCACCCUGCCGGGCGAGGUGCUGGAGUACAUCCUGUGCUGCAGCUCGCUGACGGCCGCCGACAUCGGCCGCGUCUCCAGCACCUGCCGGCGGCUGCGCGAGCUGUGCCAGAGCAGCGGGAAGGUGUGGAAGGAGCAGUUCCGGGUGAGGUGGCCAUCCCUUAUGAAACACUACAGCCCCACCGACUACGUCAAUUGGUUGGAGGAGUAUAAAGUUCGGCAAAAAGCUGGGUUAGAAGCCCGGAAGAUUGUAGCCUCGUUCUCGAAGAGGUUCUUUUCAGAGCACGUUCCUUGUAACGGGUUCAGUGACAUUGAGAACCUUGAGGGACCAGAGAUUUUUUUUGAGGAUGAACUGGUGUGUAUCCUAAAUAUGGAAGGAAGAAAAGCUUUGACUUGGAAAUACUACGCCAAAAAAAUUCUUUACUACCUGCGGCAGCAGAAAAUUUUGAAUAAUCUUAAGGCUUUUCUUCAGCAGCCCGAUGACUAUGAAUCGUAUCUUGAAGGUGCCGUGUAUAUUGACCAGUACUGCAAUCCUCUCUCUGACAUCAGCCUCAAAGACAUCCAGGCCCAGAUUGACAGCAUCAUAGAGCUUGUUUGCAAAACCCUCCGGGGCAUCAACAGUCGCCACCCCAGCUUGGCCUUCAAGGCAGGUGAGUCUUCCAUGGUCAUGGAAAUAGAGCUCCAGAGCCAGGUGCUGGAUGCCAUGAACUAUGUCCUUUAUGACCAACUGAAGUUCAAAGGGAAUCGAAUGGAUUACUACAAUGCCCUAAACUUAUAUAUGCACCAGGUUUUGAUCCGCAGAACAGGAAUCCCAAUCAGUAUGUCUCUGCUCUAUUUGACAAUUGCCCGGCAGUUGGGAGUCCCACUGGAACCUGUCAACUUCCCAAGUCACUUCUUAUUACGGUGGUGCCAAGGUGCAGAAGGGGCGACCCUGGACAUCUUUGACUACAUCUACAUAGAUGCUUUCGGGAAGGGCAAGCAGCUGACAGUGAAAGAAUGUGAAUAUUUGAUCGGCCAGCACGUGACUGCGGCGUUGUACGGGGUGGUCAACGUGAAGAAGGUCCUACAGAGAAUGGUGGGAAACCUGUUAAGCCUUGGAAAGCGGGAAGGCAUCGACCAGUCGUACCAGCUCCUGAGAGACUCACUGGAUUUGUACCUGGCAAUGUACCCAGACCAGGUGCAGCUUCUUCUCCUCCAAGCAAGGCUUUACUUCCACCUGGGAAUCUGGCCAGAGAAGUCUUUCUGUCUUGUCUUGAAGGUGCUUGACAUCCUCCAGCACAUCCAAACCCUAGACCCCGGGCAGCACGGGGCGGUGGGCUACCUGGUGCAGCACACUUUAGAGCACAUAGAGCGCAAAAAGGAGGAGGUAGGCGUGGAGGUGAAGCUGCGUUCCGAUGAGAAGCACAGAGACGUCUGCUACUCCAUCGGGCUCAUUAUGAAGCAUAAGAGGUAUGGCUAUAACUGUGUGAUCUAUGGCUGGGACCCCACCUGCAUGAUGGGACACGAGUGGAUCCGGAAUAUGAACGUGCACAGCCUGCCGCACGGCCACCAUCAGCCUUUCUAUAACGUCCUAGUGGAGGAUGGUUCUUGUAGAUAUGCAGCCCAAGAAAACCUGGAAUAUAACGUGGAGCCCCAAGAAAUCUCGCACCCUGACGUGGGACGCUAUUUCUCAGAGUUUACCGGCACUCACUACAUCCCAAACGCCGAGCUGGAGAUCCGGUACCCAGAGGAUCUGGAGUUUGUCUAUGAAACGGUGCAGAAUAUUUACAGUGCAAAGAAAGAGAACAUAGACGAGUAACGUCUAGUAGAGGACAUUGUACCUUUGCUGCUGCUGCUACCUUCCAAGAGAACAGGAUUCCGGAAGAAGGUGUCUCCACGGAUCCUGCUGGUUCACACCACCAGGAAAGCCACUUAACCAGUAGUGCUGGUUGGUUGCCUCCUCGGUUUAGAUAACGUGUGCUCUCCUACAGCUGCAAAGACAAUGUUGCUCUCCGCCUACACUAGUGAAUUAAUUUGAAAGGCACUGUGUCAGUGGCAUGGCUUGUAUGCUUGUCCUGUGGUGACAGUUUGUGACAUUCUGUCCUCAUGAGGUCUCACAGUCGACAACUCUUAUGAGCAUUCUUUCUAUUCACUUUCCAUUUCUUAAUGUCUGUCUACAUUUGUCUCCGAACAUUUCAUUUGCUGGGCAGAUGGGGUUAUAUGUUUGCAAUGUUUCUUUCUGAUUCCUCUUUGGAAUACGUGCGUCCUAAGUCGGGACUGCUGUCUCUUCACCCUGAAUUUAGUUGCCUAUUCAGAGGUAAAGUUGUGCGCUAUCUUCGCAGCGUCUUGGAGACAGAGAUAUUAACACGCUAAUGGUAAUUAGAAUCAUUUGAAUUUAUUUUUUCUAAUACGUGAAACACAGAUUUCCAGUGUUUAUCUUUUUUUAAAUUUACAUUGGGAGAAUAACACAGUUUUCCCUUCCAUAGUCCUCUCGUGGAUUUAUGCACAUCUCUGCAAAUCAUUAGUUUUCUAUUUUAUUACAUAAAAUGCUUUGAGAAAAUGCAUAGUAAUGGCCUUCAUGAAUGGAUUUUUCCACAUUCAUCAACUAUUCCUCCCUUUAAAAUGACUACUUUUUUUAUUUUAAAAAUCUGCUUCAGUUCAUGAGUAGGUCUUAAAUCAGUGAUAAGUUCUUUCCUGUAGUGAGAUGUACCAUGCAAAUCUUGAUAUUAAAAUGAUUGCUCUUAGAAAUCAUCCUUGGUCUCCAAAGACCAAAAAUGAGGUUUUGCUUUUGUUAUCAGAAAAAAAGAAAUAAUGAACCUUUAAAAAAAAAAUUUUUUUUAAGGAAAAAAGUGGUUUCACGCCCUUUUUCAUUCCUUAGAGUCACUUGAAAACCUUUUUGAAUGUGGUGGGGUAGAAAGAAAUGGUGUCUUUACUUUUAAGAACGUUGGAGAGACAGGAAGGGACACGCGUGUGUAAUCUUUCUCGAGCCACCAGUGCCCUGAAAGCGUCAGGACAAACGUGUCCUGAAGUCUCACGGCAGAGCCCGACUUUGUUCAGAUGCCACUGGCUCCUGUUCCACGUGCUCAGUGACUGAGCGGGAAGGUGCCGAGGGUUCCUCAGCUCCGGGACCCCCACCACUCUCGGCCCGCCAGUUCUCAAGCGAGCUAAUCUUGUAAUUAACCAGUAGAAGCCAACUUCCGGAGUUAGGACCUAGUUACUUUGCUAUCAGCGUUUAAAAUAAUGCAGUUGCUCUAGAAUGAGGCGUCAGGGGCUGUGAUCCGCUCAUUUGCAUGCAGUAUUCUCACUCCAUGUUGAAUGACUGCUUGUCAUUUACCCUGGGGAACCCUGGGAUGACCGGGCUGGGGAAGACACGUGAGACACUUGGUAGCGAGUGAAGGCUGUUAAGCAGUUCUUAGAGAUGGGGACGUGGCCAGCCAGCUCCGUCCAGCCUAAAUCAGCUAUUGUCUAGUACCCAUGUUCCCCAUCGGUCAAAUGAUUUGAACUUGCAUUUGAAAAUGUGACCACUCCCAACACCCAACCUGCCCGAGGUUGGGGGGAUUUUACACUACUCUCAUUUAAAGGUGAAAAUUAGAUAAUAAGGAAUUCAUAUUAACGAGAUGCAUUAAUAAGAGACUAUGGAGCAUGCUGAGAGUUAUAAUGUUGGUUUUCUGGUUUGAUUUCUUUUUUUAUUAGAGUAACAUCAAAGCCAAGAAAGAUGGUUUUACCUUUACUGACCCAACUGUAAAUAUGUAUCUAGACUGUUUUUAAAUGUGUUUCUUCAUGAAUGCUUCAUUCGGCUCCAGGAAGCCUGCAUCACCUGUGUAAGUUGGUAUUUGGGCACUUUAUAUUUUUCUAAAAACGUGUUUUGGAUCCUGUACUCUAAUAAAUCAUAAGUUUCUUUUUAAAAUUUUUCCAAAAGUUUUCUCCAUUUUAAAAAGCCCUGUUAUAAAAGUAGAACUUUCACAAUGUUAAAAUAUUAAAUAUUUGGAUAUAGUAACUUCUUUUCUCUUCAAAUGAAUGCCAAGAUUUUUUUGUACAAUGAUUAAUAAAUGGAACUUACCCAGAGAAACCACACCCACGGCCUGCCCCAUUUCGUUUCAGAACAGAAAGCCCACCCCUGACUAAGGUAGAAUGUCUCUCACCUCUCUCCUGAUCUAAAUAUGAAAGAUUUGCUCUACUGAAUUUUUCUUAACACUAGCGAGUGGAACAGGGUAACUUUAUACUGUUUUUUCCUUGCCAAAUAUUCAUUUUUAUAAGCUCACUAGUAAUGUUUGAGAGUAUCUGGUUGUCAUGCAAAGAUUGUACCUUUUUAGUUAUGUGAAGAUACAUGUUGUAAAAGGAAAACUGCAAAUCCUUUUGAGGGAAAACCAGGUUCUUGGUGUUUUUGGUUAAGGUUGACUUGAACAGUUGCGUACACACAGUGUGUCUACAACGUCCUUCGGAGCACCGUUCUGUGCGAUGUCACCAUACACUGUAUGGGGGGACGGAGAGGUUAUAGGCUAAGCUAAGUCAGUUUCCUGUGUGGUUUCUCCAAACCUCCAAUACACUGAUGUGCAUUGUGACUUUCUAAGAGGACGGCACAGUCUGCCAUGUGUUCCUAAUUCAUUUGACCCCUAGAACUUCUGUCCCCCAAAAUGCACACACUGUCCCCGGGGGCCCAGUGUUUGCAGACAAACUUCGAGAAAGGGUCCCAGUGAGACGUCCAUCACUUAUGUCCAGAACUAGUCUACCUUAUAAUCAGACCGGUUCUGCCAAGCGUUGUGUUUGUCAACAUCCACCUGGCAGGUUUUGGAAAGGCCGGCUUUAUGUCCUCUCUGCCGGAGACUCAUAACAGAUCUUGGUUAUAAGCGCAUUUGCACAGCAAAAUCGUUUUAUUGAGAAAACCAGCACUAAGGACUGUUGCCAGCUCAGUUUUACAUUUAUACUAUUUAAGGUCUUGUUCUCACUUUAAAACGUUUCAGUCUUUCUCAGCGCAUUAAACGGAGCCAGGCGGCCGCUUCCCAGACCUUCCGCUGCGUCGGGUCCCUCUGCUGCGAAGGGGAAAUACUGCUUCUCCUUAGUCCGCACUCCAAGCACGUGAACUUGGACUACCAGCAACUUUUUAAUUUAAAAGUAUCUGUGGCCAUUGAUAAUCGACAUGUAGUUCUCCGGGUUUUUCUUUAUUUUGUCUUGGUUUUUGGAGGGAAGGAGAGAACUUUCAACUGGACAAAACGCAGAAUGUGACUCUGGGACGGUUUAUUUUUGGAGACUUCAGUUGCCGUAUCGUGUGCAUUGCUGUGUACCGCCUGCUAGCCUUGAGCCCGGUGCUGGCCUGAGCUCUGUCAUCCUCCCAGCAGCCCCAAAGGCAGGGCCAGAUAGUAAAUAAUUUGGGCUUUGCGGGCCACAGACUGUCUCUGUGGCAUGUUCUUUGUUUUCAAAAGCGUAAACAGCAUUCUUAGCCUCAAGGGCUGUAUAAAAACAGGCUGCAGGCUGGAUUAGGCCCGCGGACCAUAGUUUGCUAACUCCUGCUAGGGCGAGUGGGUUAGCAUCCGACUGUGUAGGUGGGGAAACCCGGAUCUCUCAGCUGUGCGUGGGCGGGAAACCGGAUGUGAAGCCCACGUGGUCCUGGAGCCUCCGGGAGCCACCGAGCAGCAGUUCUUCCCACCCACACUCCGGGCAGCAGCGUACGCAACUACCUCAAUGGUUCAGCCAUUGUCUGGCAGCAACUUUAACCUUGAACGUAGCAGCUCCGAAAAUUCAGAAUCUUGAGGGGCAAGGACAUUCCUUCAGUGACUAAAAUUAUGUGCAAUCAUAGAAUAAAUGUAUUAUGGCCAUGUAGCAAUGAUUGUAUUAGUUACACUAGUUCCAUAAUAAAUAGACCCAAAAAAUCUA